AUGGGGAUUGUUUUAGUCAGCGACCGCAAUAUGCAAUCGUUAGCUAAUUACUGGCGAAAACACAACUCAGCAAUAUCUGCUGUCAUAUAUAAUGAUGAUGGUCUUGAUGUUGCCAAUGAAAAGAUCAGACAACUAUUUAUUGGUCGUUAUUUAUCAUUUACCAGAGGUAACACAUUAACUCAGAUGGAAUUCACCAUAAUGGGGUAUAUGGUUUCUGGUUAUAAUCCAUAUCAGAUUGCUGAAGUUCUGGAUAUGGAUAUCCGUAGCAUCUAUGAUCUUACCCAGCAAUAG